AGGAAAGUCCCUCCCGUCGCCUCGGGCCAGCCAGAACACAAGCGGAAGCCGCCGAAAUAGCAUACAACAAUCCAUGGUGCCGAUGUACGGGCAACUUCUCACCGAAACUACACUCAAGUAGUCUGCAUGUUAGGCGGUGAUCGAAGAGGAACAAAGCGAAAGCUAACCACGAUGGCAGAUGACCCAGACGACCUGGCUGGCCACAAGACCCUGGGUCUCCCCUAUGCAGCGGAGCGGCAGUCCUGCUUCCGGAUUUCCCUGGUCAAGCUGCAGGCAGCUCAGCGGCUCAUCGAGCCCAGCCUCAGAAGAUCGGUUCUCAUCUGCAACACCCUCAAACACAUUGAGGAUGAACUGAGAGCGGAGGGGAACCUGGGCCUGCUCCACAGCGCGUACGCCUUUGCGACGGGCAACACGCCGGCAUGUGCGCCACCCACACCCAUCAGGCAACCUGAGCCCAUGCCUCUGACUCUGAACGAAUCUGCAGCCGAGGACAUUGCCUCCUACAUAGAGGAUCUGAACAAUGAUUCUGUGCAGAGCAACAAGGAGGAGAGAAGGAAGACGACGACAAACAAGCUCGGCUGUGCCACAGUAAACCAAAGUACGACGGGGUCACCGACUGAGACAGCCAAGGACCACACUCCCAGCUGCAUGACCCUGACCAACACACAGCUCCGGAUACAGUCCACCAACCUCAGUGCAAACACUGCGCCGCAGCCAGACUCCAUCAACCUGGACGAAAUCUUCUCCGACCUUGACAAUUCCCUGUAUGACCUUGACUUCCUCACGCCAUACACCGCAAACAUCAAGCUCACGCCGCUGAGCGAGGACGACGUGUCCAACUCCUUCGGCGGCGGCACUGCGACCUUCGCCACGACGCACCAAGUAACAACCAACCAGACCUGUCGACAGAACGAAGAGUGGAACGAACUGGACCACAUAAUGGAGGUGCUGGUCGGCAUGUAGCAUAUACUAGUACCUUUCCACCCUACCCAGAGAGCAAAAAUUUUGAUACUACCAGAGAGUUCUAUAUUUUGGAUGGUACAGAGUAUUUAUAAGUGCCUGACAAGAUGCCAGAGGUUAUUGUUGUGGGAAAGGACAGGUGCAGGAGAGGCCACUUAGGUGACAAUAGGUCAGGGGUCACUCCUGCAUCUGUCCCCUCCCCUUUGGAAGGAUAAAUGUAAGUUAUUACUCUAUUUAUUGGGAAGAGUGAGUAUGAAAAAAAACUGCAAUGGAAAGUAGAAUGCAAGUGUAUUUCCCUGUGAGAAGUAUUUUAUAUAUAUGAGAGGCUAUUUCUAUCAAGUCUAAGAUGUGUAUGAAAGCUAGGAUGGUUGAUGAUGUGUUGAUAUGCGUUGUUCCCAAGACUGUGAAUGGGACAACAGGAAACUUUAGGCUCUGAGAAUCGCAGACUGUGGAUCAGUCAACACCCUUCUUCCAGGAUCAAAUCUUGUACAGAUAUUAUAAAACAUAAUGUCCCCUUAUCACACGGAUCACAUAAGGCAUCAAACCAGAAGCAAAUGUGUCUUACAAGUUAUACAGGGGAGAACUCCCUUGUACUGCCUUUUUCAUCUUAAGCCUUUGGAAGGUAUGGGUAUGUAUGAUAAGGGGACUUGGCCAUUUGAUAUCAAAAUGUGCAAAAUCAGUUGCUUGAAUUCUUUAUCAUGUUGCAACAAUUUUCAGUGCAUGUUGGUAAAUAUGCCUAAGCUUGGCCUGUUGUUCAUUCAGGCCAGUACUGAUGCAGGGCUCAAAGCCAUGACCUGCUCGGUCACUUAAGUAUGUCUCAACUACAACUCAAACAUCUCACACAGAAUGUCCUUGGAACACUUCUCCUACCUGUUCCACUCCCUCCUCUAAACAUUUGUCAUCAAUUUUGGCAGCUGAAAUGAAGGUCCUGUGGUGGACAAAUUCCGUAGGUUACCAAACAAGAUAUGUAUGUCAGUAGAUACAUAGAUAGAUAUUGUGAAAAUCUUUGAGUAGCCAUGAUAAAGUAAGAUAGAUAACGGACAGGGGAGGCCAGGGUGCUCAUGCCCUCACCUGGUGCCAAAGGUGUGUCCCAUGAAGUCCAUGGAAAGUCCAUGUUCUGAGGAGAAAAGAGUUAUGAAGAAAUUUAAACCAAUUGUUAUCACCAAAUGCAAUGUCAUCAGAUUUUCCUGGUGCUGCAGCUGGAGGGCUGGGUCAUACAAAAUGUCUUCUCUGCUCUCCACACACAUUUUAGAUCAGACUUAACCUUUAGGGUCAUUCAAGAUUUGGCUUGAUGUCAAGAUUGGGAACAAAGGUGUUUCUAUUUUUGUACUUGAACUGUUUAGAGACUGGAACAUUCCUGGAGUUAGAUCUGAAAAUGUGACACCUUAGUAUGGAAACACAGUUUAAAUAGCAUGCAGAAUGCCAGUACAGUAUAGUGUGAAAAGAAAUAUGUUGCAGUAGAUUGGAGAGAUGAUAAGCUAUUUAUUGGCUGAAAUGUACUUCUCUAAGCCCAAAGAGGAAAUAGUCCAGCUUUGUUAGAAAUUGAUGUCUUCUGUAAUUUAUAUCGCAAGUUUUGUAAGACUUGGUGCAUGUGAGCACAGAAAGCCAGAAGCAGUAGAAUUUUCUUGAAGCCAAAGAAAAGAGGAACGCAAAUGUGCGGCAAAAUUUUACACAGUAAAAUUCAGUUGAUGAAAUUUUGAACUCUGAAAAGCUAUCGAUCAGAAGCAAGAUUUUGCAAAUCAUCUGUUCCAAGCAUUAUGGACAAGGAAGUGGCCUUCAAACUGUUCUCAAGGGCACAGAAAUUUGAAUAAUAUGUGGACUUUCGAAAGUUCCUCCCUGAUGAUUCAUGGUGUGAUGUAAUCUGUAAUGAUUUCCUCUCCGUGCCAAGACUCAGCCCUUCUGUCUGCACCAACAGGAAAACAACCCAGUGAUGAUCAGCUCGGGGGCAGAACGUACUCAACUGUGCCUGCGCGAAACUCAAAAUUUUCACAGUUUUCAUUGGAUGUUUGGUCAACAUUGCGUCAGAAUUUUGCCUGUUGCAGAUGAUAUUUUUUCGAACACAACAUUUGAAAACUAUACUGUACAGGAUGUCAUCCUUGAAUACGAGAAUGCCACCUUAAAUGAGAUGUUUGGCCAACGUGCUAUGCACAGUACAUUACGGGUUUCUCGCAGGUGCAGUACGUUCUGCCAACGUGCUGUGAUGAUCCCUCCUAUCAGCUGAUUAAGUCUGCAGUUAGCCCCACAUCCAGGCGACCCAUGCUUUCGAUGGGUUCAGAUCUUGAGAAUAAUUUCUGCAAUAAUAUAUGAAAGGUUGAUUGUUUUUACUGUCGACUCACACAAAACAGUCCUUAAGCUUGCAUACAUGUCAGUAUGUCAAGUGAAUAACACCUUCUGUCCCACUAUCUCCAAAGGUGUUUUUGUCUGUACAUUUAUUGUGCUCUCUGGAGCAAUCAUGACAAGAAAUCAGACUUUGAAGGAGGCCAUGAGGGUUCUUUACGAUGAAAUUGUUGUAUAUAGUUAAAUAGAAUAGGAACAAACUAUUUAUCGUUGUUAAGAUGGUCUGUCCAAUUUUUUUAGUAUCACAUCAUCAAUUUGUGAAGAGAUUAUCAUAUAUAUAUGUAAAUGCCUUGAGACAAUAAGCACAGUUUUGUUUUUAAACUGUUCUGUCAAAAACCUGUAUGUAUCAAAAACUCCAUGAAUUUCCUGUAAUCUGUCCUUUCCACUUUUUAUAAUUUUGUACAUUCUCAUAAUUUGAUUAAGAUUAUUUAUGCAUUUGUAAAUAUGAAUUGUGACAUAGAGUGAAUGUUACAAAUGUCUGUGAGCUGUUGCUAUCAUCUGCGUCAGGCCAAUUCAAUUUUAUUGAUUGGUUGCCACAUCUUCUGAAUGUCAUUGAAGCAAGACUUUGUUUUCUCAGUGCAAAAAAGAAGCACAAAAAUGUACUUAUAUGUUAUUGUACCCAGUCCUGAAGAAUGUACUAAGUUUGUUCUGUUUUGCUUUGCUGUGGCGAGUUUUGCUAGGAAAUUGUAGCCUUGGUAACAUCCUAGUUAGUUUAAAAACACCAGGGGUAAAUGCAUUCCCUGGUAAACCGGCCAGGAUGGCACCCAGGCUAGGAAAUUUUCAUUGCCAAGCAGUUAAACCAGAGCAUCCUAGGACUUCAAACAAUUCCUCCAAACAUAUGCCAGCUUCUGUGCAGAUAGCUUUUCCAACACAAAAAUGUCUGUGCUUUUCAGAACAAAAUUGACAUCUAUGCAGUGCAUGCAAGUGAAGGCUUAGUGAGUCUCAUAUUACAGAUAAGAAAGAAAUGGAUGGUAGAUACUUACGUGUGUGCACUGCAAGCCCCAGGAGCUGAUUACAUGUGUGGCCAGCUCUUAGCUUGGGUACCAGGCAGGUUAGUUUAUGCUUGCUCCAAUAGCCUCAGCACCAACUAAGUGCUGUGAUUGUUGGAGCCAAACCGGGAUGGUACCCAGUCUAGCCAGCUCUUACAUUCCUGAACCAAAGAAGCAAAACCAUGUGUAGUACAGACAAGAACCUUUCUGGUGUAACAUUACUAUUACUACUGUUUCCUGGCAUCAUGUGCAGUUGGGACCUGCCAAGGAUGAAAGUGAUCUGAAAUGGGUCUUGCUAAGGACUCUUUCAAGUCAUGUGUAUUUGUCAGAAGGGUGUUCCAUCAUGUUUGUUGUCACAUGACUUUGUUGCACAGAGUACAUGUAUUUCUCAAGAUUAUGAAGAAGGAUUGUGGAAUAUUUGAAGAAUGUGAGAAGGAAACACUAUGCUGUGUUGUGUUGUGUUGUGUUAACCCUUGGCAUCAUUGCCUACUUGGGUUGCAAUAAACCCCCAACUUUCUGUAACUUCCAAUUUUCUGUCAAGGGCUUACAGAUUGGGAGUCUGAAAUGUAUGUUUGGAUGGGAGCAAGCAAUGUUAUACUUCAAUGCAAUGUCCAAGACUUCUGUACCAAGUACACUUAUGUCACGCUUUGUGUAAUAUUGUUCUGUAAACAAUAUUGUGUGUCUUGCCAAUGCAGCCCAAAAUUCUACAAACAAGUGCAUUUCGACAAGUGCAUCCCGGAAGUUCCAAACAUGAAACCUUUCUCAGCUCGAAGCUCAGACAGUUGGAAAGAAAACAUUCUGUGAUGGGUACAUGUGAAGUCUUUUAUAUCCCAAAGGGAACGGAUAGCUGUUGAAUGUUGUCGGCGUCCUUCCCACUGGCCAGUACUGCAACAGGGCCAGUCUAUGCAGAACCGUUAUGUGUUUGUGUUGCAGCUAUGAAUAUAUUAUGAUAUCCUUUUUUCUCAAUAAAUUUCGUCCAAAGGCUAUA